AUGUGGUGGGUACCUUGGGCCGUUCUUUUUGCUGUUUUUUGCAGUAUAUCUAGAGGCCGUGCAGAGAAUGAAGUCCAUGUAAAAUUGCGUCACCAUUGGCACAACUAUUCCGAAAGCGCUUUGCAUGCUGCACCAUUGCUUGAGAUGGUCGAAGCGGUGGGGCAAGUAUGGCCCCACGACUUUUUCCAUAUUGUGUCAAGAAUAUGGUCUAAAGAGACAGCAGACCACUUUAUUCAUUAUACCCAGAAAGAAACCUUUGAGUGGGUUAAGUCAGCCAUUAUUGACUAUUUGGCCGAACAGGAAGUGUCACAAUACCGAGAGGUCCUGGAUGAGUGGCACGUGAACGUCGCACAACAUUGGUCUGCCGCAAGUGUCGAAGCACAUUAUCAAGUGUAUAACACCAGUAAAGAGAUCAAGGCACUUAGCCCUUCUUGCGCUACGUUUGUCCACUUCAAUGGGCGCGCUAUCUGUUCCCCUGAGGAAGCGCGCCUCACCUUGAAUCAAACAGUGCACGGAUCGCCUAUUGCUCACCCUCAGGAUCAUGCAUACCCGACUUUGCAUCCAGCAAGAUAUAUUGCAAUCCUCUAUGCUGACCCUUAUUCUGAGUCAUUCUUGAACUUUCACAAUAUGCUUAUGAGCCUGGCAGAGGAGCAGCCUUUUACGUACGUUCUGCGUUGGCGCCCUUCUGUGGCUCGAGUGGAGCUCCGAAAGUCAAUGCCAUAUAUUUCUAGUUUUGGCACGUCCUUACAUCUCAAGAAAGUGGACUAUCUGGUCUUAGAUGACCGCCAAGUGGACCUGCAACACUCCGCAAACAAAGAUUCUGAACAUUUGGAAGAUCCCAUAAGUGAAAUGCGUGCUGAUCUCUUAAGGCAACUUUACCAACGCUCUAAGACCAAAUCGCACCCUUCCAUUCAAGAGGCUGUCCAAAUACAAAGCAAUCUGAGUGCUCCUGACUUUAUUUACUUAGGCCAAGCUACCUCCAAGUUUAUUCUAGAGUCCAAAGAUCCUCUGUCAACGCUAUUGGCACUGACGUCGGACUUUCCUAUUUACGCAGCAGCUUUGUCGCAUUAUUCUGCUCACGUUUCAAAAUCUGAUCCUAUUUACGCGCUACUCAAUGAUCAUUCAACACGCUUCGUACAACCUGGUCACUCUCAAUUUUGGAUCAAUGGCAUAUCUUUGUCCGAAGAAGAGCUUGACCCUCAAAAGCUGAUUGAACGGAUUCAAGAAGAGCGUAGGCUUCAGGCUACGUUUAAUGUCCCUGAGCUUGGUAUAUCUCCGGAAGGGACAGAGGCCAUUCUUACGUCCGAGCCUGUGACGUUGGCAUUUGGAGCCCAGCGGCCUUCCAUUUUUUUGUAUGAUGUAAGUGAUGAACGAGAAGCCAAAAGUUCCCCUGUGGGCACACGUGUCAUUGCAUGGGUAAACGACUUGGAAGACGGCACCUUUUCCCAGUGGCCUCAAACAGUGGAACAAAUGGUCGAGUAUCGAUGGCCCAGCGGGUUUCCACUGGUGGCACGUAACUUCUUCCAACUAGUGGUGCAGAUUGAUUUGGGUGAUCCGGAUGCGCUUUUAUUUAUGAAUUCAAUGCUGGAUCACUCCCUUACUGAGAUGCCGCUACGAUGGGGUGUCGUACCCUUGCUAGUGAAUAGCGAAAGCGAGACACUUGCCCAAGUCCUUUGGUAUGCUGUUGAUCAUUUGCGUCCCCAUGAAAUUUCUCUUCUUUUUAAACGACUUGCACAGUCUACACUUAACCAGGUUGGUCGCGUUGAUGCGGCACGAGCUCGUGCCAUAUUGGGACAAAUGCUCUCACUCAAUGACAUGGAUGAAAAGGACUUGCUAGAGUCCUUUGUUAAAGAAAGCCAUACCAGCUCAUCAUUCCGGCUUCGUCUAUCGCGUUUGCGUGACUAUCUUGAUCGUAUUUUCGUGGUUCCUCGCCCGGAUACUUUUGGAACUGCGUAUCUCAAUGGACAACCCGUGUCACUGAAUGAGAAUCUUUUCUCUGACAUAUCCCAGGCAAUGUCGUACCAGCUGCGCCUUGCCAGUCAUGAAAUAUUUACUGGUCAGUUGGACGAAGACAAUAUGUACGAAUCCUUUUUCUAUCACCUCGAAGACACUAAAUCAUCACGGUCUAUGUUGCGAACCAUGUUGGAAGAAACGAAAGCAUCUUUGCGACCAAGCAGGUUUGUUAACUUUCCGCACAUUUUUCGUCAAAUUGGAAAUCUUGGCGAUCCCCUACGUCAUUUUGUGUAUUCGAGAAACGACUCGCUCAUUUCUAUUCGUCUUGUUGGCGACCUGGAUUCGGAAUCCACUCUGUCCGAAAUUACCGUGAUAUUGGAUGCUAUGUACCCUGUUGUUGAACCCUUCAGGCUUUCCUUUGUUCACACUGGAUCCGAUGAAGGCUUUGUUUCUCAAUGGUUCUUAUCGGCAAUGUACUCUGGAGCCCUCUCGGAUAUUUCACCACAGUUAUUAAGUGAAGCACUGAAGUCGCCAGAUCGUGUCGCCGCUCUGACUCAAUUGAGCUCGGAUUAUGGUAUGAGCUUGAAGGCGUAUUCUUGGAAACCUAUUGCGUCAGCAUUCCUACUCGCAUCCAAUAUUGAUCAUGAGCAAGGUAUUACUUUGCUUAUCAACGGCCAUAUUCUCUCCGGUGUGACUGGUUUGCGCACCAAAGAUGUUAAAGAGGCUCUUUCAUGGGAACAAUCCACACACGUUGAUGCAUUGCUCGAGGCCGUCAAUGUCCCUUUGGCCCCCCCUGACGUGCGCUCGCAAGUCAUGGAGUUUGUGCUGUCUGCGGUGGGGUCGGCAUUCACUGAAAUUUUGAACAAAGGGAGGUCCUUUAGCCCUUCUUCAAAUCGUAUGCCUGUUUCUCUUGCUCUUCAAGCUGGAGCAGACCUGUGCAUUACUCAAGGGGAUCCGUCCAGUUCUGUACAUAUUACUGGUGUACUGAAUCCUCUUGACUCCAAAGCUUCAUAUUUUGCUUCCACUCUGCGAAUGCUAUCAUCAAUGAGCGGUGUGCGUUUCACUGUGAGGAUGAACCCUAGUUUACGCGUUACCUCACUUCCUCUGCAGAAGUUCUCCCGCUUCAACAUGCGCGUUACACCAGCGUUCAACUCAGACGGAUAUGAAAUUGCACCUGCUACUGUUUUUACGGGCAUUCCGCCGAGAUCUGUAUUGACGAUGCAAUUACACACUCCUCGCUCAAUUGUUGCUAUGGCAGAAGAAGCACUCUACGACUUGGAUAACCUUCGACUUUCUGAUGUGACAGGAGUAGUGGAAGCUAUUUUUUCAGUCAACAGCAUAUUGAUUGAGGGACAUGCUCGAGCCGACCAAGAGCCUACACCUAGUGGACUCCAAUUAUCACUUUCGACAGACGAUGAUUCUUCGUCUCUGGAUACUAUUGUCAUGGAGACGCUAGGGUAUUUUCAAUUCCGUGGUCAGCCGGGUCGUUGGAAACUAUCCAUCAGACCUGGAGUUAGCUCGGAUUUGUACGAAAUGAAGUCUGUUGGGGCCUGGGGAUGGCAAAGUCCCUCAGUUGAUGUGACAGGCUCUUACAUUGUGCUUAACCAACUCUCCGGAGUUUUGACUUUCCCAAUUGUGCGCAAGCGGUUGGGUAAAGAGAUGGACAGCCUAGUGGCCCAGGUUAACGAACUUAAGAAUGUGAGUUUCAAGGACCACGUUAAAGCUAAAGUCAAUGACAUGGUAUCUUUUGUACUUGGUCGAAGAAGUUUACAUGCCGAUAUCAAUAUCUUCACAAUUGCUAGCGGUCAUCUCUAUGAACGCAUGACCUAUAUUAUGAUUUUAAGCGUUUUACGGCACACAAAAAGCACAGUUAAAUUUUGGUUUAUCGAAAACUUCCUGUCGCCUUCAUUCAAAGCUUAUAUUCCUCACUUAGCCAACGCUUAUCACUUCAAGUAUGAGUUGAUUACCUUUGCCUGGCCUAGCUGGCUUCGUGAGCAGACUGAGAAACAACGUAUGAUUUGGGCAUAUAAGAUCCUUUUCUUGGAUGUACUUUUCCCAUUAGAUCUGGAUCGUGUGAUUUUCGUUGAUGCAGAUCAAAUUGUCCGAACAGACUUAAAGGAGUUGAUUGAUAUGGAUCUUCAUGGCGCACCUUAUGGGUACCCCCCCAUGGGCGAUGACAGCGAAGAUAUGGAUGGAUAUCGUUUCUGGAAAAAAGGUUAUUGGAAAUCUUUCCUUCGGGGAAUGACCUACCAUAUAUCAGCACUUUAUGUGGUGGACUUAAAAAGGUUCCGCUAUGUGGGUGCCGGUGAUAUUUUACGUCGUCACUAUCAACGGCUCACCGCUGACAAAAAUUCUUUGGCCAAUCUUGACCAGGAUUUGCCAAACCAUCGUAAGUUCAUUUGGAACUGA